AUGCCCUCCUUCUUCCCCUUCACCCCGGGCCAGGAGUCUCGCGCCCGCUUCCAGCCCGAAUCCUCCCCACUCCUCGGUCGCUUCCGAGCCGUUCCGCCUUCCACCGCCCGGAGACCCUCUCAUGGCGCGCUAGGCCUGUUGUCUUCGGCCCUCGGGAACGGCCGAGGGAGCGUCCAUGUCGGCUACGGCGCCGUCUUGGCGGCCGGCCUCGAUGAUGAUGACGACGACGACGACGAUGUGCAGGCGGCGCUUGAUAACGCGCACAACGAGGGCAGGGGGUGGUGGAGGAGGCUAUGGAGGAAGACGGUGGAUGUUUGGAUCGAGCCGAAACAGGGCGCCGUGAGGAGGGUGGUCGAUGUUUGGUGGAGUCGAUAUGGUGUUUUGGUCGUGCUGCCGGCCGUCCUGGCCAUCGGAUGGUGUGCCCUUCCCUUCCCGCAGUAUCCCCUCCUCGACGACGGCGAUGGCAACGAUCACCACGGCGGCGACGGCGUCCCCUCUGAUGCACCCACGCGCAAGACACCCGGCCACGGCCAGCCUCGCGUGCGCGUCAACUUUUGGUUCUUCCUCUUCGUCUACUACAAUUUCUACAACCUGACCGCCCUCAUAUGGAUCACGAAAGUCUUCAACCUCUACAGCCUCAACUGGUGGCCCCAGUCUCUUGGCUUCCUGCCCACCGUCUCACUCAUAGCCACCCUCGCCCUCGUACUCCCGAUCCCCAUCUACCUGCGCCCCGAGACGCGCUUCCUCACCGUCCACAACACCUCGUGGAUCGCCUGGACCUUCAUCGUCAUGGCUGCCCCCGUCGCCAUCGCCUUCCUCAUCCUCACAACGUCCCAGCGCCACCACUUGGGCCUCCGUAACCGCAUGUCCGACACGCAGCGCAUCUUCACGACCUCUUGGUGGACCGGCGGCGACCUCGGCGGUGCCACCCCUCCUCGUCGCGUUCUAGCCGGCCCCGCCCCUGACGCGCGUGGCAGCCAGCAAGGGCCGCCGCGGGCGCAGACCCAGCAGCGUCAACACCAGCAGCCGCUGCUGCCCGUCUGCGAGCCGCUGGCUUCCCGCCAGCUUUGUGCGCUUCGUCUGGUUCUGUCUCGCGCUCCUCGUCGGCCUCAUGGCACCAUCAUGUACGUCUACAGCUGGGUCGUCACCGUGCACCUGCUCGACCUGUUGACGGGCUGGCUGCUCGGCAUACGCGAGGGCGAGCGCGUCGGGAGCUACCCGCUGAGCUGGAUCUUCAAGCUCCAGCUGACAGAAAGGCCGCGCAGCUACUUCAUGCUCACGUAUCAGACCUACGUGCGCGCCCUGUACGCGCGCCUGCGCUCCCCGCAGCAGUUCGUCCUCCUGCAGGUCCUCUCGAGCAGCUUCCUCAUCCUCCUGACGCCGCUCACCAUGUCGCCGCUCUGGCACCGCGUCUCGCGCGCCCUCAACUUCACCGACCAGUCCUACGCCUCGUACCAAAAGGUCUGCACCCGCAACGUCUUCAUCCGCUUCCUCGCCGAGAACGUCUCCAUGGCCGCCUUCCUCGGCAGCGUCCUCGUCCUCCACUUUGGCGCCAACAAGGACGUCUACCCCUACUUUGCCUUUGACUUUGACGACGACGACUCGGAGCGCUACGACUUUCGGCUCACCUUCUGGGCCUCGUCCGUCACCUGGGCCUGCGAGCUCGCCGCCUCGCUGUGCCUGCGCCUGCUCAUCCGCUGGUGCUACGGCGUCGACGUUGGCAGGGAGGGCCGGCUCGACCUCGCCGUCUGGCCCGAGCUGCUCCCCACGAGCGUCGCCGUCAUGCUGCACGUCCUGCAGAACAUGCUCUUCUCCAUCAUCCGGUUGCAGUUUCAGCUGCAGUGA